AUGUUGGUCGCUUUUUCGCGAAUCCCGGCCCAUAGUGUACCGGCUGUCGUUGGACCACGGAUGGAAUUUCUGGAUAUCAUAUCAGAGUGGCCGGGAAGCCAACAUGAUAGUCGUAUUUUUCAGAAUUCUAGACUUUAUAUGCGUUAUAUGAGACGAGAAUUAACUGGUAUAUUAGUUGAUGAUAAUGGCUAUCCUUGUUUGCCGUUUCUUCUGACGCCUAUUUUAAAUCCAAAAACCGAUGAACAGAUCGCGUAUAACAUCAUCCAUCGAAAAACUAGACUAAUCGUAGAAAGAACAUUUGGAGUUUGGAAACGGCGAUUUCCCUGCUUAGCACGAAGACUUACGACAAAACCGAUUUGUAGUACAACAAUUGUUGUAGCAUGUGCAGUUCUGCAUAAUCUUUCACUUAUUUAUGAUAAUAAACUGCCAGACGAUGAAGAGAAUGAAAUGUAUAAUGAUAAUGAUAAUGGAGAGAAUAAUGAAAAUCAUGCAGAAUGGCAACCAGCAGAUGGAUUUAUAAUGAGGAAUGCUAUCAUAGAACGUUUAUUUCAUUAA